UAUGGUAACGAUAAAUUAAAUUAAUACUAUAAUAUUGUCAUAACAUGGCAUUAGUGCUGUAAACGUUUUUAUUUCAUUCAUAUUAAAUAGUAUUAUAUAAAACAAAACUUAUUGAAGAAAUAACUUUUUUAAAACCAAUUGACGAAUAUCUUACUGAUAAAUAAUUACUUCUGUUGCCUUUAACUAUAUAGAGUUCUAACAUUUGUGACAGCAAAAUGAAUGACACACAAGAAAAAUAUAUUUUGAAUGUGGAUGUACCAAAUGUCUAUAAAACUGUUCAGAAAUACGCAGAAAAUCAUGAAAAUUCAAUCGAGUGUAUCGAAAACUUUAAGAUGUUAGAUUAUAUCAGUGAUGGAAAAAUAUCAAAUAUUAGUGUUGUUUCAGAUAAUUUUAAUGACGUUCAGAGGCAAGAAGCAGCGCAAUCUAAUAUUGAAGGUGGAGGCGAAUUAUCAUCGAACCACGAGAAGAAUACACAAUUAGAAACAAUCGAAAACGAUUCCGAGGGAUUAAAUAUAAAAAACGAAUUUAUCGUUGAUAAAGUUCAGAUAGUCGCCGACAGGAACAAGUUAAUCAAUGAUCAGAUAACAACGAUCAAAGCUGAAAUUAACGAGCUUCAAAAUGAAAUGAAAAUUACGCAAGAUGGGGAAAUAAUUAAAGAAUUGGACAAUGCUGCUUAUUUUAAAGCCAUCGUAGACAAAAUAGCGGAAAUCCAUGGCCACAUCGAUCAGUUUACAGUGAUAGUAAAAGGUUUGAAGCUCACGCUCCAAGACGCGUGUGUAAACAAAGAAACGAUUACAGAGAUAAUGGAAGUGUCAGAGUAUUUGAGGGCUCAUUAUGCUAUUCAAGUGACCGAAACGCAAAGAAAUUUUACCGAACAGAUAAAUAAACACGAGACGGAAAUCAACCAGUUAAAAUCGUACGCGGAUAAUAAAAAUAAAGAAGUAGAUACGCUGAAAAAACGUACUAGAGAUCAGAAACUUCUCAUAGAUUCUUACGAAAAAUCGAUGAAAUGCAUCACUGAUGAGUUAUCAAAUGUAUCUUCAUACAUAAAACAACGGCAGAAUGAAAAUGAUCAAUUAUCAGCGCCAAAUGAGAAACAAAAAGAUUUUUUUUUACUAUUGGUUGAAAAAUUGGAAGAAAUAGACGAGUUAUAAGAAACGACAAAAAAGCAAGAUAAUAUUAUAUGAUAAAUUAUAUGAUAAAUUAUCUAUGUAAUACAUUUGAAGAAGAACACACAAAAAAUCUUGAUGAGGAAAUAAAUGUAUUUUUCGUUUGAAUAUAAUUAAACUGAAUCAAUUAACUCAUAUAAUAGCAAUUACGAAACCAUGAUAUUAAUAUUGGACUAUUUAAAAAAUUCACUCCGCU